CGCCCCACUGCGCACGCGCCCAGCCCUAACGCCCCGAGCGCUGCCCCGCGCCCCGGCCCGUGACGUCAUGCCGCCACCUGCCCUCGCUCUACGCGCCGGCCGGAAGCGUCCGCCCGGGCAGCAGAGCCGGUGGGAGAAAGGUUCCGGGCAGGUUGGGUUCCGGGGCUGCCGCGCUGAGGCGCGGCGCGGCCCGCGAUGAUCCCGGUGCCGGUGGUGGUGACCGUGCUGGGCGGCUGGUGCGCCGUGUACCUGGCGGACACGCUGCUCAAGUCCUCCAACUCUCUGAAGGCAUCGUACGAGGACUGGCUGCUGACGUACGGCCUGAGCGUCUCUCCCUUUCACCUGCGCUGGCAAACAGCGCUCUUCAACCGCCAGUUCUACAACUGGGGCAGAUGGAAACCCAAAUUUCUCUACUUAUGGUUCAGUGUAGGAAUGGUGUUUGGAAUAGUUGCCAUGUUUGGCUCUGUUAUUCUGCUUGGAAAGACCCUGCUGCAGACACUGACCCAGAUGCUCACCGAGGCUCCAAAAGCCCAGAAUGAUCGAAUGCUGCAAGUUGUGGUGCCUGGUGUCAAUUUGCCCAUCAGCCAGCUGACCUAUUUCUUCUCUGCAAUCCUCAUCAGCGGUGUGAUACAUGAAGUCGGCCAUGGGGUGGCAGCUAUUCGAGAACAAGUACGAUUUAAUGGAUUUGGAAUUUUUAUCUUCAUUGUCUAUCCUGGAGCAUUUGUUGACCUCUUCACAACUCACUUGCAGUUGAUAUCUCCUGUUCAGCAGUUAAGGAUAUUUUGUGCAGGGGUGUGGCAUAAUUUUGUUCUUGGUGUUGCCAGUUUCAUGGUGUUGUUUCUGCUGCCAGCCAUUCUUUUCCCUUUCUAUUACACGGGUGUUGGGGCACUUGUCACUGAGGUUGCAGAGGAUUCUCCUGCCAAUGGACCUAGAGGUCUUUUUGUGGGAGACCUUGUCACUAACCUACAAGACUGCCCAGUUUAUAAUGUGGAAGACUGGAAUUCCUGUCUGGGAGACAUUGCAGAGAAGUCACAGGUCGGCUACUGUGUAAGUGCAGCCACCCUACAGCAGUUAAGCUUUCCAGCUAGAGUUUACAGAAGGCUUGAUGGCACAGUUGAAUGUUGUAGUAACAACAGCCUCACAGACAUUUGCUUUUCAUACAGCAAUAAGUUGGACAGCCAUCUGUAUGCCUGUCUGCCAGCACGAAAAGUUAUUGAAGCCAGCAAAGUUUGUCGAUCCAACAUGGACUGCCAUAAGGACUUCGUUCCAAGCUUUUGUGUGACUCCUUCUUUGGAGAACCAAACAAGGCUAAUCAGGGUAAAGCAUCCACCCCAUAUUGACAUGCUCUAUGUGGGACACCCCAUGCAUCUUCAGUACACAGUAAGUCUCAGCAGUUUUGUACCACGACAAAACUUUCUAAGUAUCGAUCUGCCUGUGGUGAUAGAGACAUUUUGCAAGUACCUCAUCUCACUAUCAGGAGCACUGGCAGUUAUCAACGCUGUACCCUGCUUUGCUUUGGAUGUGUUCCCCAUAGGAGCUGCUGCAGCCCAGAGUUCCUUUACAGAAAUGGCCUUUCCAUCAGGAACUGAAGUGCAACCUAAGCUCACAGAUCCUGGCCUGCAGGGAGUACUGAAACAUCCAGGACCAGGUAAAAUAGAUUAUUUUGGCACUUGAGGUGAAAGCCUGGGUAAUUUCAAAGUGGGGCUGAGCCCAAUUCCUGGUGUUGCUGCACAGAUUCAUAACUCUAUGAUGUUUGCAUUUGCCCACUGAUGUGUACUUUUGCACAGUAGCUUUCACACUUAAGAUGCACUCCUUUCUUACGAUGAUGCAAGCAGUAGUGAGAAACCGUGUUUAUUUAUUUGUUGUUGGCUAGCUUAUAUCCCCUUCCAGUGCUGCCACAGGCUGAGUGGGCCCUUGAAAUUCACCUCUGUGGGGUGGCUGGCCUAUGCCUCUCCUUUUCAGUAAUUUCAACCCAGGCAAAUCGGGACAGGUCCUGGUAGGAGAGGGUGAAUCCUUCAGUCCAGUGUGAGCUGGCCCCUUUGGGGACCAUUAAAAGUAAAACAAAGUGCAAGAAAAGAAAUGCAAACUACUGUAAUUGUAAUAAUUGAAAAACCCUGUAACUCUAACUUGUCAUCACUCCUGGAAAUACAGAGAGGUUUCAGAGUAGCAGUUUUGAUGGGCCACUCUGCCAUCCCUUGGUGGGCAGGAGGACAGGAGCAGCCUGGUCCUUGCACAAGGCCUGGCUCUGAGGCUCUGUUCCAGACUGCUCUCUCACCUCAGUGGCUGUUUACUGAUGUGAGCUCUUCCUUACAGUGGCUCUAUAACAUUUUCCUCUGCCUCAUCCAAUCUACAGUGCAAAAAAUUAAUUUGGACUUAGAAGUUUUAAUGUAGUUUAGUAAAACAGGAUUAUUUACUUUGAAAACAUGUCAGGUUUGAUAUUUAUUUAUUUAUUCAUGUUGGCUACAAUGGAUUGGAACAAUCCUUUAGCAUAGUGCCUCUCAUGGAAAUGUAGGCACCAGAUUUAGGAAAACCCAAAGCUUUUGAAUUGGCAUGGACAAAUUUCAUCUGCUAUAAUGAGGCUGACAGGCUGUUCCUGGUUAUUUAGUGUGCUACCAAAACAUGAAGUUUUAUCAAACAAAGCCAGUGUACUUUACACAGUCAGUGAAAGCCACAGUUCUACUGAGUAGAACUUCAGUCCGUGUCUGACCUCAUAAGCACGAAGAGGGUGGAGAAGACAUUGGUCAUGGCUUUAGCAAAACAGACACCCUAGUGCACUCUAAAGACCCUAGAUAUCAUGUAUGGAAGAGAGAGUACUAGAAAUGCUUAAAAAUAAUUCAUAAGUCCAUUUCUCCACAUGCUAAAAUUUGACUGAGUAAGGGUUGAUUUAGGUAUGUACAGGUUCUUUAGAUCAAGACUUAUAGGCAAACUGAGUAUGAAUGGUGACCCAGCACAUCUUAGAUUAGUGUGGACAAAGGUAAUAGUCAGGUUGGACUACUCUCUGAAGAAGAAGUUGUUCAGUGGGUCCAUUUCAUUCUCUAUAAUCCUGACAUGGAUUACAUUCUAAUAAGCAUGUGCCAUACAUACACUUACUGGGACGAUUUUUUCUUGUGUUUUGGUCAUUUAUUUAGCAAGAGAAAACACAAAAGUACAGAGUGAUUUUUGUGUGUUGGAUUUUUACUGGAGUAUUUCAGAUGUAUGUUUUGUUUUUGUAAAAAUAGGAAGUCUUUAAUUUAAAUCCUUCUACAUCUUAUUCUAAUUAGCCCCUCAGAAUCUUUAAUACGGAAUCCAUCAAUAUAAUUUUAGGGCAUAUUGACUGGACUAUAAAACACAGCACUCUUAAAGAUUGGAUGGCUGCUAUUAUUUAUGUAUAUACUAUGCAUUUUAAAUCUGUAUCAGAUGGAAAAAGUAAUGUCUAAUAUUCAGAAAUUAUAUACUUAGCUUUUGUUUGAAAAUUUCCAGAAGAAUUCCAUAAUUAUAAUCAUUGUUCUACUUUUUUUUAAUGAAGUUGUUUUUUAUAUCAGUAAAUAUUUACAUAGCAUGUUCUGGUAGUGCAUGAUAUGACAUGAAAAUGUCAUACUAAGGCAAACUCCUUAGCAUGGGGGAUGUUACAUGCUCUUUGCUAACUUAGGAAUUUAAAACCAGCUUGCUUCUGUACAAAUUAAAUAAAAGUGGCUUCAGUAGAAAAAGUAUAGACAAACUUGCAGAUUAGUCAUCCCAAAUUAUGAGCCACAGUGGAAAAUUUGUUAACUCAUCCUUUUUAUUUAGAAUGAAACAACCAUGUUAAUAGUUUCUGUGACAACCAUGUUAAUAGUUAAUGUGAUAAUUCUACAUUUGUGGAAAUGUGUGUAUACAUACAUUUGUAUAACAGAUACAUACAUAGCCAUAGGAUGGAUUAGUGCUUUUUUAGGGAUAGCUUACAGCAGUCCUCCAUAUCCUGCAAUGUAGGCUUUUGUUUUUCUUUUCCCCCUCUCUCAAUGGGAAUUCUCUCAAUGGUUUUCUCUGGAUUUGAAAGGAGAAACUUAUAUUUUCUUCCCAAAAGCAAUUUUUAACUUCUUUAUUUACAGAAUACAAGUGAUGGGGACAGGAGGUAACCACAGAUGCAUGAGUUUUGUUCAGUUGACGUUUAAAGCAUGUUUCUUAUUUCUAUGAAACCUCAGCUACAAGUACAGUAAACAUGCACAGCUUUUUCAGGGCAACUAAAAAAGGUCAGCCUUCACUCUUUACUGCUGCUGUUUGUGCUGUUCUGGAGAGCUGGGAUGAACAACACUGUGUAGAGCAUACUGAAGAAAUAAAGUUUUCAGGAUAGAACUCUCCACGGCGGUCAGGGUGUUUCAGCUUUCUUUUAAAAAGGAUUUGUUUUGUUCAGUUUUGCAUAUCAGCAAUCCUAGCGUUCCCAAAGCUUCCCAUACAUUUUACAUGAUGUCAAAGGGUGACCUGUAGGAAUAUUUUAAAAACAAAUUAUGUAUAUCUUACAAAUUCAGAGCUUUCAUACAGAUCUGGGUAUGACUAAUGACAGAUGAAGAAGGCCUAUAGAGGUUUAUAUAGCCUAGUCUGUAUUUAAUUGUUUUAAAAAUAUGUGAAUUAAACUCUGGAUAUAAGUAGUUAUUUGUAAAAUAUGUUUUCUGUACACCUGCAUUCAGACCAAUUUCCACAACCAGUCUUGCCUCAGCUUUGUUCUUGUAGUUUUGUGAGUAAGCAAUCUUGAAUCUUAACAUAGGUAAGAUUCAAAGGCGGCAAAUAUUUUAUACUGUCUUUAUCCUGAAUUUCAUGUGAUUCCUAUUGAUUAUUUAAUGUGUCUGAGUUACCUGGGAUACACACCCUGCAUCAAUGCAGCAUCUGGGAACAUUGCACGGGGGCCUGCCAGCAAACAGCAGCUCUGUGACUGCUGGUCCUUGGGCUCGUCCACUCCAUCAUGUGAAGAGCAGAUGGCAGCGUUUAAGGGCAGUGAAGGACUUCAGUUCAUGGCAGCUUUAUGAAACUUUCACACUGCUGACCUGGUGUGAAAGGACAGGAACAAAGAGCAGGAUAUGACACUGCAAUUCCUUUCAUUCCAUUUACAUUGUCAUGAAACCUGAAAAGAACUUGUAAUUAACAUUUCAGAGCAGAAGAUAUGUUUUCCAGUCCUUCAUUGAAUCAUUCAGUGACUGGUGGUCAAACUUUUUUUCUUAACAUUUUGUCAUUCCUUUGAUAAAUAUGUGCUGAAUAAGUAGCAUGGGUAGUUGUAACUUAUUUUGUAAAAUGGACUUGGGUAUUUCUCACCUCUGGAUAUUCAUCCUGGGAUGGUUUUUGCAGCAUCAUAGUAUAAUUUAUCUUCAUUGAUACUGGGUUGAAAGUUUGGAGGCUAUUUCCAAGCCAUCACUAGGAAAAUCUAUUUCCAAGUUGUUUGUUAAUAUUUUUAAUUCAUCUUUUCCUUACAUAACAUUGUUUUCAGAUUUCAUAUACUCAGUUGAUCUUAUCUGAAGCCUGUCAAUGGAAUAUGUAUUGUUUAGAAAUUCACUGUGGGGUUUUUUUCCCUCUACAUGGCCUUAUUUUUCACACUGACUCACAGCUGUGGAAUGUUAGAUUUCUAGACCCUUUGUUCCCACUAUGCAUUGUUCAUGAUCAUGGGGUUUUUUUAAGAAAACAGCAAAAAAAGAAAGCUUCAUUUUGAAAAUGUCAGCUAACAAAUAUAUGGAACACUGAAUAAUGUAUUGUGGUUUUGUUUUGCUAUUUUCUCUAUUUAAUUAACCAAACAAUAAGUAUUGUUUUCUCUGUAUGAUAAAUGUAUCCUGCAAAUAAAUUCAUUGUCUGAUUGUU